GACUCACAGCCUACGUCCCACCUGUCUCGCAUAAGAAUGGUUCAUAGAGGGUGCAACCCAACAUCGUAACAAUUCGAUAGGACAUCAGCUCUAAAAGUUUCUCCUCACGUUUGCAUUUCUAGCUUGCGUCGUUCCAUCAAUCAACGCCUUCACUGUAUCACAAUGGCUUCCUCAAGCUCAUCGCAAACCUCGAUCGAGCUCCAACCCGUGGGCGCAAGCUCGAACGAACAGACCCCCAUCAGAGACAACAAUGAUCCAGCAGAGUUUCUCCCGCAGCCCUCGACCACCGUCAGCGUCAUCGAAAGAUGGAACCACCCCAAAUCCAACAUAGCCAAAACCGGUGCUACCUUCUUCGCCUUCCUGCUCAUGGGCGCAAACGAUGCGUCCUACGGUGUCAUGAUCCCCUACAUCGAAGAGCAUUACACUCUCUCGUACAUCGUGGUCUCGCUGGUCUUCCUCUCACCCCUAGUUGGUUAUGCCGCCGCCGCCAUGCUCAACAACUGGGUACAUGUCCGCUUCGGCCAGCGCGGCGUCGCCUUUCUAGGGCCUCUGUGCCACAUCGCCGGAUGGCUCGGUCUCUCGCUGCAUCCACCCUAUCCCGCGUUUGUCGUUAUCUUCGUGCUCGUGGGCUUCGGCAAUGGCAUCGAAGACGCGGCGUGGAAUGCCUUCUUCGGCAACAUGGCCAAUCCGAAUGAGCUUCUGGGGUUUCUACAUGGGGUGUACGGGCUUGGUGCGGUGCUGAGUCCGCUUGUGGCUACCAAUCUGAUCACAGAGGCCGGGUGGCGCUGGUAUGCGUUCUAUUACAUUUUGCUUGGAGGUGGCGUGAUAGAGUUGAUCACAUCGCUCUGGGCUUUCUGGCCUGUCUCAGGCCGCGUCUACCGAGAGUCACACCCCCGUACAGCAUCUGGGAAGGACAGCCGACUGCAAGAAUCCCUCGAGAGCCGUGUUACGUGGGUGGUGGCUUUCUUCCUGCUCUGCUAUGUAGGCAUCGAGGUAGCUCUAGGAGGCUGGAUCGUGACCUUCAUGCGGCGCGAACGCUCCGGCGAAGCAUUUGCUUCUGGUAUGGUGGCGACGGGCUUCUGGACGGGAAUUGCGCUUGGCCGCGUUUUCCUUGGCUUCCUGACACCAAAGCUGGGAGAGAAGUUCGCUGUGACGGUGUACAUCCUCCUUGCCAUGGUCUGCCAACUCAUCUUCUGGCUCGUCCCCUCGUUCCAUGUUUCCGCCAUUGCAGUCUCAUUUCAGGGUUUCUUCCUUGGGCCCCUCUUCCCAGCAGCCGUGGUUGCAGCAACCAAGGUUCUACCAGCGCAUCUCCACGUUUCCGCCAUUGGAUUCGCAGCAGCCUUCGGUGGAGGAGGUGCCGCCAUUCUUCCGUUUGGUGUCGGCGCUCUCGCGCAGUCCAGAGGCGUCACGAUCCUCCAGCCGAUCAUUCUUGCCAUCCUAGCUUUCUGUUUGCUCUUGUGGCUUUGCAUUCCUGCUGUUGCAAAGCCGUCGCCAGGAAGCUCGCAAGAAGAGCGGAAGUCACGCCAAUGGAUCAAUAUCGAUUUCGAUCUUGUGGAUGCUGGAAAGCGUACAAUCCAGAAGGCCAGGAGUGGGACGAGCAAAGUUGCAACACAGUAG